AUGAGCUCUCUCCUCCUCGACUUUCUCGCUGCGCCUAACUCAAAGUCGCCACAGAUGCCGCAGUCACUGCUCGACAACUACGCAUAUGGCGGUGGUGUCACCCUCCCCUCUCACCUCGAGCCUGACUCGUUCGACAAGGAGCUAUCGGAACUCCUUGAGUCAUCCGCAGACCUUUCUGCCCUUUCCUCGCUCUCAUACAUCCCGUUCACGUCGUUGGACCAAACAAUUCAUACUCAACCCCACUAUUAUAGUGACUAUCGUCCCGGCCCCGCCAGCACAAUCACCGUCUCCAGCGAAAGCCAGAGUGGGUAUGACUUUGACACGGCAUCCUAUUACUCCUCUCGAGAUUCCUCCUCGGGUUACCUUCAAUCGGAUGCCCUGUCUUCGUAUGACCCGCAGUCGCAAUCUUAUACCACGAACACGCAAGCGCGGUCGGCUUACGGCGCAGCCACGCAGGCGCCAGGAGCAAAAGACGCACUUGAAAUAGACUUUUCUGGAUUUGGACUUGCAGACGUGCCAUAUACAGUGCCGUCUCAUGCGUCUACUGCGCCCCCCUCGCUUACCCACCCUCACCUCCAACAUCCUCAGCCUGUCGCCAUUAACGCUGAUGCACUCCAGUCUGUUGAUACUUUGAUGGACCCUAACGAACUCCUAACACAUACUGACUCCACCCCAGAGUACGAAUACAACUUCGUACUUCCUCCAACGUUGCCGACCAUCGUCACUUCAUCCGCUCCCAACUCUCGCAAAAGGGAAGCAAGUUCCAGUCCCGAAGCGGCUCCACAGCCUCCAUCUCACCGUGGCCGAAACAUGGCUGGCGUUGAGUCAUCCAGCAACGGACCGGUUAAACGUUUCCAGUGCCCUCAAUGCACCAAAGCGUUUGCACGUCAGUUCAACUUGAAGACUCACAUCGCUACUCAUGACCCUAGCCGCGAAAAAGCGUUUGGUUGCACUUUUGAUGGUUGCGGUCGUCGCUUUUCCCGUAAGCAUGACCUUGGCCGACACUACAUGUCUAUCCACGGCAUCAAGGAUGGCAAGUCCAGGAACAUCGAUGUUGCCUCUGGCUCAGGUACCUCCACCUACAGUUUGAGCCGUGAGCGUGAGCGUCGUGAACGUGUGUGGUGUGACGGAUGCGAUAGGGGUUGGGUCAAGGGUGGUGAAGAGGCUUGUGAAUGCGACAAGAAGUCUAAGACUUCUGCGGCUUCCCGCAGCGUCUCGGGCUGA